UUGGGACUUCCUCGAAGCGCUGGAGCUUCGUGUACUCACUGAGACCACAGAGACGCUCUUAUUCAGCCGUCAGAAACAAAUUUCUCUUCCGGAGCUUUCUGACGUUUAUCAAAGACUGGGAUUUUGGCAAAGCAACAUAUCCCGUCUGUGAUUUCGUAAACUAUGAAUUUCUGGCCGAUUUCACUGAGCAAAUCAAGUUUCGUUUUCACUUUACUCUUUAUUGUAACAGAUAAACUGAAUGGAUUUGAGGUUUCGUUAAAAACAAACUCCCCAGUGGUGGAAUUUGGACACUCCCUGGAGGUGGACUGCAGUACAACGUGUGAGAACCCAUUGAUAAGUGUGGAAUACAAACCAGGGAUAAAUCCCAACAGAACUAAGGGUGAUAAGUGGAUUACAGACCGAUUUCUGAGUGUCCAGAAAUGGGAUUUCACAGUGCCCUGUACUGUAAAAUGUUUAUCUGCAGGAGGAGAACUGAAGGAGGACAAAUGUGUGAUCCCAGUGUACAAUCGAAACUUAAGCGUUGUUCCACCUCCUGAAGUGCUGGAAGUUAACAACCCAUAUCAGCUGGAGUGUACUGGCCCAAAGGUCUAUCCAAAGGACAAACUCGUACUCACCUGGCUCAGAGGGAGUGAGACUAUAGCAAAUAUUUCUACAGAAAACGCAGGUUUCCCAGAUGAUGGUCCACUGAAGAACGUCCUUCAUUUCAAUGCAAGUAUUUCAGACGAUGGACUGGUGUACACCUGCUUGGCAGAGUUGAACUUGGACUCUAACACGACCAAACAAAUCGCAAACGCAUCUGUGACUCUGAAAACUUACUCUUUUCCAGAGCCUCCGAGGAUCCUCAGCAGAGACCCUGUAGAAGUGAAUCAGGAGGUCACACUAACAUGUGACGUCCCAAAUGUCUAUCCAGCUGAGAAGAUGAGGGUACAAUGGUUUUGGGGCGGUGAACGACAGAAUUCAGCAACAAAUCAGUCAGAUGCCACUACAGUCAGGGCAACAACUACAUGGACACCACGAGAGACCGGUCCGACUGAAGUCUCCUGCACGGCAGGUUUUGAGGAUUAUCCAUCAAUUCCACUGAAGAACGAUAGCAUUUCCAUUGAGGUUUACGUUUUCUCCAACCCUGAAAUCUACAUCCCGAUCACCACUGAGGGAAUUCCAGUGAAUAUUACCUGCAGUGUGUUUAACGUCUCAGGGGAACUUCAACUCAGACUGAAGAAGGGAAGUGAGAUAUUAGUGAACAGGUCAGCCAGUACUGGGCUGACUAUCUACCACACUGUGAAUCCACGAGCAGAGCUGAAUGGACAGCAGUUCACCUGCGAGGCCGAGCUGACACUUCACCAUCGCUCCAACAACAUUGUUAAACGACAGUCAGCCACUCUCGAUGUCCCGUCUUUCCCAGAGCCUCCCAAGAUCUUCAACCGAGACCCCGUAGAACUGAAUCAGCAGGUCAAGUUAACAUGUAAAAUCCCAAACGUCUAUCCUGCUGAGAAGGUGAGAGUAAUGUGGACUGAGAAUGGUACAGAAUGGAAGUCCGAUACCAAUGUGUCAGAUCACCUCACUGUCUGGGCAACAACACCAUGGAUACCACACGAGACCGGUCUGACCGAAUUCAUCUGUACGGCAGACUUUGAGGAUUAUCCCUUCAUUCUACCAAAGACGGACUCCGUUGCUAUUGAGGUGUAUGUUUUCUCCAACCCUGAAAUCCAAAUCCCGAUCACCACUGAGGGAAUUCCAGUGAUUAUUACCUGCAGUGUGUUUAACGUCUCAGGGGAACUUCAACUCAGACUGAAGGAGGGAAGUGAGAUAUUAGUGAACAGGUCAGCCAGUACUGGGCUGACUAUUUACCACACUGUGAAUCCACGAGCAGAGCUGAAUGGACAGCAGUUCACCUGCGAGGCCGAGCUGACACUUCACCAUCACUCCAACACCAUUGUUAAACGGCAGUCAGCCACUCUCGAUGUCCAGUGUAAAAUGUGGAAGAAAUGGAUGUAUUACUUAAUCAUCAUAGCAAUUAUACUGCUGCUGUUGGGAUUCAUGUGCUACAAGAAGCACAGAGCAUCUAAAACAGGAAAUUAUGAGGUAUCAAAUGCAAAGGCCAACAACAAUAAUGAACAUCAGAACAAUAUUCUUCUAGUCCAGGGACUCUGAAGCUGGAACAUAGCAAACUGCAAACAAAUUCAACCAAUACAAAUGGUAUUAAAAACUGCUGGUUCUGUAAGAUGCCACAAUGUUCCAAUUGUCAUUGAUGAUAUUAUUCCCAAUCCUUAGAAUUUGCCAUUACUUAGUAUUUGAUAAUAUAUUUGCAAACAAGUGGACACAUACACUCAAUGGCCACCUUAUUAGGUACACCUGCUUGUUAAUCGAAUAUCUCAUCAGCCGACAUUGUGGCAGCAACUCAAUCCAUAAAAGCACACAGACAUGGUCAAGAGGUUCAGUUGUUGUUCAGACCAAACAUCAGAAUGGGGGAAGAAAUGUGAUCUAAGUGACUUUGACCAUGGAAUGAUUAUUGGUGCCAGACGAGGUGGUUUGAGUAUCUCAGAAACUGCUGAUCUCCUUGGGUUUUUUAUGCACAGCAGUUUUUAGAGUUUACAGAGAAUGGUGCGAGAAACGAAAAAGAAACAUCUAUUGAGUGGCAGUUCUGUGGAUGAGAACAUCUUGUUAAUGAGAGGUCAGAGGAGAAUGGCCACAGUGGUUGACAAGCUGGAAGAAAUGCGACGAAAAGCCACACAUUACAGCAGUGGUGUGCAGAAGAGCUUCCCUGAAUGCACAUGUCGAACGUUGGAGUGGAUGAGCUACAGCAGCGUAAGAUCAUGAACGUACACUCGAUGGCUACUUCGUUAGGUUCAGGUGGUCACUAAUAAAGUGACCUCUGGUGUAUUUAGUAAUGGUUACUUACACCGUACCAUAAUUUGUUUCUGUUGUGAUACUGUUUGUGCCUUUUGCAAGCAGUUAGAUCUAAGCUUUAAUGACUGUAGUUUCUGAGUAGAUGCUGUAUAUUUUAUAAAAAUACUCCUAAUUUUCAAUAAAGACAUAUUUUAUUGUACUUAUGCCUUGGAACAUAGGAAGAUUAAGGGAAGAUUUGAUAAAGGUAUACAAGAUAAUUGCUGGCUGGUGGUGUAGUGGCAUCAGCACUGGACUUCAAGGCAAAUGGCCCCCGAGUUCAAAUCCGGCCAGCUCCUCGCGCACUUUCCAUCUGUGCUGGGUUGAGCGUCAAGCUAGCACCUUGGACUUGUUAAAAACAGUAGAUGCUAAGGAAAUGGCAAAACUGCCACCCGAUGUGUCGCAAGAUGUGGAAAGGAACAGCAACACAAAAUUAUUAGGGGUACAGAUACAGUGAACGUAUGGAGGCUUUUUUUCUGAGGUUUUCCUCUAAGGUCAUGGGUUAAGGGUGAAAGGUAAAAAGUUGAAGGGGAAUGUGUGGGGAAACUCCUUCACUGAGAGAGCCGUGAGAGUGCAGAACAAGGUGCCAGCACAAGUGGUGGCAUAGUUAGAGGGCUUAGGUCCUGGUGCAGGUUGAUGGGAGUAAGCAGAUUGAAUGGUUUGGCACAGAAUGGAUGGUCCAAAGGUCCUGUUUCAGGCUGUAUUUUUCUAUGACUCUAUCUAUAACUAAGCAAGUGUUCUGUUAAUGAUAUAACAAAGACUUACUUUGUAAAUAUUUGU